AAUCCGGUAACGACAUCUUGUCUUGUCGUGAUUCAAUUAAAUAUAUUUCAUUUCAACAGUGCCACCUGCUAUUUCGAACAAUGAAGGCACAAAAUGGCUCGCGAAGUUUCCAAAUCCCCUUAACAAGCUCUGAACAUAUAUAAAGCAUACCUGCAUGGGUUGGGACCAUUCAUAGAUUUUUCCUUUUCUCCCUUGUACGUGCUAACCGCUAACCACUCACUUUUUUUCUUCCCAGCCUCCCUCUCCCUCUCCCUCUCAUCUCCCAUGCCUGUACAGACUCGUUCCGAUGCCACACGUACACUUGCUGAGGCGUACCAAGGCCUUCGUCGCUCAAGUCGCAUUGGUCCUCAUAUUGAUUCCCGGUUUUACGAGCCACGCACGCGCAAAUUCAACUCAUCGAGGAGAAAAAGAAAACGUUUUUUGAAGCCCAUCAAAGUGACCAAGAAGGUUAAAGAUGAAGGCGACGACGAUCCCUCUAGCACCCCCUCCUCCUCGGUCCCUUCCGCAAAGAGACUAUUCUUUUCUAGUUUGGCUUCUGCUGCGUCUCUAGGACCUGUAUCAGCCGGCAAGGAAGCGAUCAUUCCCGCAAGCGAGGCAGGGCCCAAGAAUGUGGCCAAUCGACAGUCCAUCCAGUCUACUUCGUCUAGGAAUCCCAUCCUCGCUCGCUCAUCUACUCAGGUCAUCAGGAACAACUUGGCAGGGGCACAGUCUAUGGAACAAGAUGCACCGGUAUUUGAGGAGGCCUUUCAGACUCUGAAUCUGUUCGAGCGACGUCAGAGCAGGAACAAGAUGGCCCACAACACCGACAAGGGCAAGAUGAAAAACAUGCGCGUUUCGUUGGAUGCCAAGAGGGAGAAGCCUCGCAAGCGCGUUAGGGCACGCAGUCAGUCGGUGAUCGCCAUGCAGUUGGGUAUGGGUCUGGGUCCUUUCCCGCGCACGCCUACCGGUAGUCGCCAGAACACGCCUGCUCUAGCCGAUUUGUUCGCUGGGCCGCCGACGAGGGAGAAUACGCCGGUGCUUGGUCCAGUGGCGGGUCCGUCGACGCAACCUGGGGCACUUGACUGGAGGGAAUUGACACCCGACGUUCCUACACGCGAAAACACCCCCCAAUCAUUCCAUGCUGGUCCCAUAGCGGGUCCGUCGAUGCACGAUGGGGCGCUUCAAGACUGGAAGGAGUUGACGCCUGUUCCUACGCGUCAAAACACGCCUCAAGUCGAGGCUGGUCCGUCAGCUCCACCUGGAUCGCGAGAAAAACCCUUCAAGUUGGACCUGAUUGAAGAGGAACCAAUGGAUAUCGACGUCGAGUUUGACUCAUCCAAGUAACUAUGCCGAUGGGACGAUAGUUUAUGGACAUUUUUUAGUGUGAAUCUCCGUAGGCAGGUCCUACUCCGCGUAGACAUCGCCAUUCCUUUCUUUAUUAUUACUCUUACUACUCUUACUCGCUAUUUAUCUACCAAGAAUGUUUACUUCUUGUAUCGUUCUAUAGAAUUCCAAUCUCGACACAUGGUAUCCACCAAAGUGCUGAUAGCCGCCCUUAGGCGCCCCGCGUCUUCCUAACAUAGAAUAGUUGAUAGUGGUUGCCUCCGUCAACGUGGGAAAUUCAUGGGCGCCUAACCUAAUCGUUACAUAAGUCACGAAUUAAGGGCUGACUUGUGAUACGAACUUCAAGUUAUUGA